GCGCGGCCCGGCUAGGGCACCUGGGAGGGAAGGCGAGGGGCGAGCACUCGCCUAAGAUGGUGCUUGCUACGCUCUAAGUGGAAUGCGUGGCAGGCGGACGCGUACUUGUGUCUCCUCGCCGCCUCUGUUGUGGUUUUUGCCGCGGGUAGGGGCCGUGGAGCAAUAGUGAGGGGGAAGCCCAGGCUUGCAUGCCUCGGCGCCGGCCGGUUGCUGGUGGUACUGCGGGUGCGGAGUGGUACUUCUCAAGUAGAGCCCGCUGCUGCCGUCCCUUCAGCAGGAGGAGGCUGAGGCUGCUGUGGGCGGGGGUCGCUCGGUUCUUCCCUGCUCGGCUAUGUCUGACAAUCAGAGUUGGAAUUCCUCUGGCUCCGAAGACGACCCCGAGACAGAGCUCGGGCUGCCUGUUGAGCUCUGUGGGGUACUCAGCAAGUGGACCAAUUACAUUCAUGGGUGGCAAGAUCGAUGGGUAGUUCUGAAAAGCAACACACUUAGUUAUUACAAGUCUGAAGGUGAAACGGAGUAUGGCUGUAGAGGCUCUAUCUGUCUGAGCAAGGCUGUGAUUACACCUCAUGACUUUGAUGAAUGCAGGUUUGAUAUCAGUGUAAACGACAGUGUUUGGUACCUCCGAGCUCAGGACCCAGACCACAGACAACAGUGGGUACAUGCAAUAGAACAACACAAGACUGAAUCUGGCUGUGCAUCAGAGUCAAGUUUAAGACGCCAUGGCUCCAUGGUGUCUCUUGUUUCUGGAGCAAGUGGAUACUCUGCAACAUCUACCUCUUCAUUCAAGAAGGGCCAUAGCUUACGUGAGAAGCUUGCAGAAAUGGAAACCUUUAGAGACAUCUUGUGUAGACAAGUUGAUACUUUACAGAAAUACUUUGAUGCCUGUGCAGAUGCAGUUUCCAAAGAUGAACUCCAGAGGGAUAAAGUGGUAGAAGAUGAUGAAGAUGAUUUCCCUGCGAUGCGUUCUGAUGGGGAAUUUUUACAUAACAGUAACAGCAGUAAGGAAAAAUUGUUUCCAUAUGUGACACCCAAAGGAAUUAAUGGCAUAGACUUUAAAGGAGAAGCUAUAACUUUUAAGGCAACUACUGCUGGAAUCCUUGCUACACUCUCUCAUUGUAUUGAACUCAUGGUAAAACGUGAAGAAAGCUGGCAAAAAAGACUAGAUAAGGAAAUAGAGAAAAGGAGAAGAACUGAAGAAGCAUACAAAAAUGCUGUGACAGAACUGAAGAAAAAGUCCCACUUCGGAGGGCCAGACUACGAGGAGGGUCCUAAUAGUUUGAUUAAUGAAGAAGAAUUCUUUGAUGCUGUUGAAGCUGCUCUUGAUAGACAGGAUAAAAUGGAAGAACAGUCCCAAAGUGAAAAGGUCAGAUUAUACUGGCCAAUAUCCUUACCUACUGGAGAUGCAUAUUCUGCUGUGGGGACUCAUAGAUUUGUCCAAAAGCCCUGUAGUCGCUCUUCCUCCAUGUCUUCCAUUGAUCUAGUCAGUGCCUUUGAUGUUCACAGAUUCAGCACCCAGGUGGAAGAGAUGGUACAAAACCAUAUGACAUAUUCCUUGCAAGAAGUAGGAGGAGAUGCUAAUUGGCAGCUAGUGGUAGAAGAAGGAGAAAUGAAGGUAUACAGAAGAGAGGUGGAAGAGAAUGGAAUCGUAUUAGAUCCUUUGAAAGCAACACAUGCUGUUAAAGGGGUAACAGGGCAUGAAGUUUGCCACUACUUUUGGAAUGUUGAUGUUCGUAAUGACUGGGAAACAACAAUUGAAAAUUUCCAUGUUGUGGAAAAUUUAGCUGAUAAUGCCAUCAUCAUUUACCAGAUGCAUAAGAGAGUGUGGCCGGCUUCUCAAAGGGAUGUGCUGUAUUUGUCUGCCAUCAGAAAAAUACCAGCAUUCAGUGAAAAUGAUCCUGAAACCUGGAUCGUUUGCAAUUUCUCGGUGGAACAUGACAGUGCUCCUAUGAACAAUCGUUGUGUUCGUGCCAAAAUAAAUAUUGCUAUGAUUUGUCAGACUUUAGUAAGCCCGCCAGAAGGGAACAAGGAAAUAAGCAGGGACAAUAUCCUAUGCAAGAUUACAUAUGUAGCUAAUGCUUUCAGCAGAUUUGUUAUAUUUCAAUGUCUGGCUUACUGUCUACUUCUAGUGAACCCAGGAGGAUGGGCACCAGCAUCAGUGUUGCGGGCAGUGGCAAAACGAGAAUAUCCAAAAUUCUUAAAGCGUUUCACAUCAUAUGUGCAAGACAAAACAGCAGGAAAGCCUAUUUUAUUCUAGUAUUAGCAGUGAUCAGAACAAGACUGGGUGAGCAUUCCACCUUGAAGUGACCGAUAAGUGCACCAAACAGUCCAUGUUGGAACAAAGGAUCUAUAGUCUUUUUAUGGUUUCUAGGGUUUGUAUACUGAAGUAAAAAGUGCUGCAUUACCAUGAGGCCGAAUAUUUAACACUAGCUCUCUCCUAAAUUUUUUUGCAGUCAGUGUGUAAUUAUCAAUAGAUGUUUUGAUAACAUGCAUAUGGCUAUUUUGAUUGCUUUAAAAGAGGAAGAAUGUGUAUAGCUUUGAAUCACCAACAGGGGUUCCUGCUUUUAUUUUAAACAACUUGCAGAAUCUCGCUGUCAACAUUCCUAAGAUACUAGUGCAGUUUUUGUGCAUGUCUAAAAAGCACAAAAGACAAAUGCACAUAUAGCAUACUCUAUAUGCUUUAUGUGCACAAAAAUCUCGUAUUUUGGUGGGGAGGGAGUUCAGUAAAGCCUAAGUGACUUAUUUUGUUUUGUUUUUUUGGUUUUGUUUUGCUUUGUAUAAUCAUAGUUCAUUGCCAUUUGUUUCUAUAAUGAAUCAUCUUGUUACAUAAAAUGUCAGGUAAUAAUUGAGGGUUGCCAAUAUCCUUAUGACUUUGCCUUUUCUGUUGUCUUACUCUUAUGAACAUCUUUGGCUCUGAAGGAGUAAGAGUGUGAAAAGCUUUAUUUUUUUUCCAGGUAUAUUUCUAUUGGAUUUUUUAGUUGUGCUAUAGAAAUUUUGCUAUUAAACAUGAUCCAGAAAUUUCUAGGAAGAUUCUGUAUGAGAGGGCAAGACAGUGCCUGAAAGCUAGAAGUCAUCUGUUAGUUAUAAAUGUGAACUGCUUUCUUUCAUGAUAUCUGGGGCUUUCCCAAAGCUGUGAGAAGGUGCACUAUAAUAUUUGCUGAAGUAAUUUGGACUACAUAAGACAACAUUCCCAGCCCAGAAUGAAGAUGAGUACAUUAUUUUCAGAUCCUGCAUGUGUUUUUCUCAUCUUGAUAAAGCCAUGCUGUGAGGUUCAUGUAGAAAAUAAGUUGCACUGAUACUUGCGUUAAUCAAAAUGUCAUCAGUUAUAAGGAUGUAUAGUUCAUAUUGGAAAGUUCUGUCUAUUUGCUAUGAGAAUUCAAAUGUCAGAUAUUUGCCUGCCUCUGGUUCUGGAUAUGCUCAUUAAGUCUCUGGCAGACUAGUACUGACUUUGAGGUCUUUUAUCCAUGUCCUGUAGCUGGAAACUCUUCAGAGACUGCAGAGUGUUUCACUGACCUGUGUAUCUCAAGAAAAAAGUUCCAGAUUUAUUUUUUUUUUCUCAAAAGCAAACUCAAAAUCUUGUUUGAUAUAGUAGGGUAGGUAACUGAAAAUAAAUAAAAAAUAGUAAUUUAAUAAA